GUGGAGAACACCCCCCAGAAUAACGAGUGCAAGAUGGUGGAUCUGAGGGGGGCCAAGGUGGCCUCCUUCACCGUGGAGGGCUGCGAGCUCAUCUGCCUGCCCCAGGCUUUCGACCUCUUCCUGAAGCACUUGGUGGGGGGCUUGCACACGGUCUACACCAAGCUGAAGCGGCUGGAGAUCACGCCCGUGGUCUGCAACGUGGAGCAGGUCCGCAUCCUGAGGGGGCUGGGGGCCAUCCAGCCCGGGGUCAACCGCUGCAAGCUCAUCUCCAGGAAGGAUUUCGAGACCCUCUACAACGACUGCACCAACGCCAGUUCUAGACCUGGAAGGCCCCCUAAGAGGACUCAAAGUGUCACCUCCCCAGAGAAUUCGCAUAUCAUGCCACAUUCUGUCCCAGGCCUAAUGUCUCCUGGAAUCAUCCCGCCAACAGGCCUGACAGCAGCAGCUGCAGCGGCAGCAGCUGCCACCAACGCAGCCAUAGCAGAAGCAAUGAAAGUGAAAAAAAUUAAAUUGGAAGCUAUGUCCAACUAUCAUGCAAAUAACAACCAGCAUGGCGCAGACUCUGAAAAUGGAGAUCUGAAUUCCAGUGUCGGAUUGGAACUGCCUUUUAUGAUGAUGCCCCACCCGUUAAUUCCAGUGAGCCUACCUCCAGCAUCUGUCACGAUGGCAAUGAGCCAGAUGAAUCACCUUAGUACCAUCGCCAACAUGGCAGCAGCAGCACAAGUGCAGAGUCCUCCAUCCCGAGUUGAGACAUCUGUUAUUAAGGAACGUGUUCCAGACAGCCCUUCUCCUGCUCCUUCUCUUGAAGAGGGCCGAAGACCUGGCAGCCAUCCAUCCUCUCACCGAAGCAGCAGUGUGUCCAGCUCUCCUGCACGGACCGAGAGCUCUUCAGACAGAAUCCCUGUCCAUCAGAAUGGGCUAUCUAUGAACCAAAUGCUGAUGGGUUUGUCACCUAAUGUCCUGCCUGGACCUAAGGAGGGUGAUCUGGCUGGUCAUGACGUGGGACAUGAGACAAAAAGAAUACACAUUGAGAAAGAUGAGACCCCGCUCUCCACACCAACCGCAAGAGACAGCCUUGACAAACUUUCUCUAACUGGGCAUGGGCAACCACUACCUCCGGGUUUUCCAUCUCCUUUUCUAUUCCCUGAUGGAUUGUCCUCCAUAGAGACCCUUCUGACUAACAUCCAGGGUCUACUAAAGGUUGCUAUAGACAAUGCCAGAGCUCAAGAGAAACAGGUCCAACUGGAAAAGACAGAGCUGAAGAUGGAGCUAUUCAGGGAACGAGAACUGAGGGAAACACUUGAAAAACAGUUGGCUGUGGAGCAGAAGAACAGAGCAAUAAUUCAGAAGAGACUAAAGAAGGAAAAGAAGGCAAAGAGGAAAUUGCAGGAAGCACUUGAAUUUGAGACUAAACGACGGGAGCAAGCAGAACAGACACUGAAACAGGCAGCUUCAACAGAUAGUCUCAGGGUCCUAAAUGACUCUCUGACCCCAGAGAUAGAAGCUGACCGCAGCGGGGGCAGAACAGAUGCUGAAAGGACAAUACAAGGUUCACUAGAUGCCUAUGCCUAG